GCUCAGGGAGCGCGCAGCACAUCGAUCGCCGGUCCGCUGUGUCCAAUCACAGCUGAUCACUGAUCAUCAGGGCACUGAUGAUCAGUGUGGCCCCAGAAGUGCCACGUGUCAGUGGUCAUCAGUGCCACGUGCCAGUGCCCAUCAGUGCCACAUAUCAGUGCAUACCAGUGCACAUCAAUGCCACAUAUCAGUGCCCAUCUGAGCUGCCUUUCAAUGUCACCCAUCAGUGCCGCCUAACAGUGCCAGUCAAUGCCGCCUAUCAGUGCCAUGUAUCAGUGCUGCCUUUCAGUGCCCAUCAGUGCAGCCUAUCAGUGCCCAUCACU